AAUUGCCUCUGCAGCUAGCAGAUGCCAGGGAAGAAGGUGAAAUCAUAGAAUCUGUUUAACUGGGUCUGCUAAAGAUCUCCCUGUGAGCCUUUCACCUCCUACUCUUGUUACGAUUAUGUUGUUGGAGUUUUUGAUUUUUGAAAAUUGAGUUGGGUUUUUUUUCAUACAUGUUACAUAAUGCAGAUCUCCUAAGUUAAAAGUUUUGUAUUUAAGACAGAAUAAUUUCCAGAAAGUUAUUUUGAGACAUCACCUUUAUCUGUAAUGGUUUGUCUCUCCUUUUUCCCCUGAUCAAUUUUUAUUGAUACUGUUUUUGGAAACUGACCAAAAUUGAAGGAAAUGUAGAAUAAAAGAGAGUUUCCCAAAUGGUGUUUAAAAAACAAACAGGUUCAAGAGACUUGAAGGAUCUUUUGUUUCUUGGGAUUUUUUUUUUUUUUUUUUGAAUUAGGAUUAUUGUUUGUUCCUUGGUGCUUGAGGCAUAUUCAUAUAACCAAAGUUUAGGAACUGGGAACUUCAUGGUGAUUUGUACAUAUUGAAGUUUCUCUGGUACUCAAAGGUUAUACAGUUAAUAAAUUUUCAUUAACAAAUCAUUUGUCAAACUCCCAUAUCAUCUGUAUUUUAUAUACAUAUAUAAAUAUAUGUUCUUUAAGUGUGUCUACAUGCAAGCACAUAAAAUCUGAAUAAAACUGGAAUUGUGGAAAUAAUUAGGUUUAGGCUUUGUUGGGACUCUUUAAAAUCCUUUAUUUACAAUUCCGUCCAUUUAAAACAGGCAAACAUAAUGUCUCUCAGAAGUUAAAGCCAAUGCCAAUUCUGUGUUGACUGAGAGUAGUGUUUAAUCACAAAAGCACUUAUUUAUAUUUCUAAAGUGAUUCUAAACCAUACUGUUGAAGUUCUAGUUUACAGUUAACAGUCAGGAAAAGCUAUUGGUGGUCAAGUCCUAUUAAUAAGGAGCUUAAGUAGAUGGUCCAAAAACCUGAUAUCAAUAUUGGCAAGGAAAAAAUAGGGCCUUGGCCAGCAUCUGUAACUCUGUUUAUAUAAAGAUUGAGAGGUUAAUGGUAUUUGGCACGUGAAGGCAGCCACUUGUCAUUGACAAAGUCCUUUAAGAUUUUUCAUCAUCUCUGAGUUGAAGGUGUCUGGCUUCAUUUCUAUUGGUACUAAAGUCUUCUGUUUGCUUCCCAACCCAUUCUAUGCUUUGGUUAAGCAUUCAUUUCUUUUUAUCUAUGUCCAUAUUCUUUUCCUCUUAUCUAGCCCCAAAACUAAGUGAACAGUUUUUUAAAACAUUGCAUGAACAGUUUAGGAGGUUCAUGUAGUGCAGAAACCAUUAAGUCCAGGUAAGAAGACACCACCCCUGUCCCCCGGCCUAAUAUUACAGAACAUAAAAUUUAAGACUCAGCUCUUAGUGCUGAACAGGUUGGUGACUGCCUUUCUCCUGUUGAGGGGUUUUCAAGAAUAAAAACCUGCCUAUUUCUUUGUCCCAGUACAUUCUUGAAUUGGGACAGUUUAAUCAUGUGUAAUGUACAGAGAGAACUAAUGUCCAUUUUUUGAGGUGGAGAGGGUGGUGGAGAGAACAUGAUUGCUUUAUUCCUAAAGGCUCUCUGUAAAAAGAGGGGAAAAAAAUCAGACAUUGAUUUAACAUUUGUGUCUAUUUUAAGACAUUUAACAGCACCUUUUUGUUCUCUUUCAUUGAGGAUUUAUGUUAUUUCAUGUUGUUUAUCCUUCCCUUCUUUAACCUAUUGAGGUGGGGAAGGAUAUUUUUAGUUUAGAAUUCUUAGGUUUUUAAUAUAACCCACUUGCUUUUCACUAUCUAGCUCACUCAAAUGUACAAAAACAGUUUAAGGAAAUAACGUGGAGUAAUGGAAAUGGCAUAAGACUUAAAAUCAGCCAAGCUGGGUUCAGAUGCUAGCUAUAUUCCUAGCUACCAUUUUAACAUUUUUUUGGAUGAACUGAAUUGCUGAGCCUUACUUAUUUAACUCAUUUAGAAAAUGGGCAUUAGCACCUAUUAACAAAUACUAUAUAUAAAGCAAUGAACAUAGGGUCUGGCACAUAGUUGGUCCUUAAUAAAUGCCAACUGUUAUAGUUAACCAAGAAACAUUUGUGGGGCACCUACUGUAUAUUAGGGACUGUGCUCAUUGCUUUAUAUAUUUUAACCCAUUUUACCCAUGGGCUAACAGAUGCCCAGAGGUUAGGCAAUACCAUCUCAAUUUCCAGGAGUUCGUUAUGACAGGAAACUUACUUUGUCAUCUGAUAGAGCAAAGGUUCUGACAUGUUCUCUACCAAGUUCCUAGUAUAGCAUAUUCUCCAUCAUGAAUAACUAAUUAUCAGUGGAGUAUAUUAAAUGGUCUCUGUGAGAAUUAUCUCUUUUCUUCCUGGUUGAAGUGACACUGAAGGCAGGCAGAUUAGUAUUUAAAAGGGAGAUUGAAGAGAAGAUCUAACCAAGCUCUGGGAUUGCUAUGUCAGGUACUUAACCAACAUAUAUUGCUUUGGAAACCAAGCGUUAAGUUGUCCCACUCCAAGAACAUGAUGGAACAAAGAAUUUGUUGGAUUAUAUUCUUAAACACUUCAACAGGAAGAUAAGCAGUUGCAUAGAUUCUCACCUGUUUUCUUCUACCCAUGUGGCUGCAUGUUCUUGGCUUUUUUCUGAUGUAAGGAAGAAGUGAAUCCUAGGAUGUCCACUUUAAAGACAAGCAAAGAUUAAGAAGGCAAGCAAAGAUAAAAGACAAGCAAAGAUCAACUUUGUGGAUCCGCCCCAAUCCGUUGUCUAGAAGGAAGGGAAAGACCAGCCAUUCCUGGAACUUGAGCUCUGAAUGUUUAAUCCUGUCCUUUGGGGGCUGGAAGUGAUCCUAAUGUGAUCCUUAUGAGAACAAACUGCUGAAAUCCACUGACCCAGUGCUGUUCUCUCUGCCCAUUGGAGUCCCCUUAGUCCCUCCUCACCAGAUUCUCAUGGAUUGACUGAGCCUUUAGAGUGGAAGUUUUCCCAAACAAGACAACCAAAACUGUUCAUCUGAUAACUGGUUUUAUUUUUCCUGUUCAUUUUAAAUGUAGGGCUAACAGGUCAUGAUGAUUUUGAACCUGGGGAUAAGGAGAGAUCUAUGCUAAUGUUUACAUGAUUUUUCUAGGAAGAGAGUAAAGAAAUUUUGAUCCCCUUGGUACCACCUAAUAUACAUGCUCUCAUUUUUAAAAUGUAUUGUGUGUCUUAAGCAUUUGGUUAAAGUUUUUGCAUAUAGAUUUGUUAUUCCACAUUAAGGCAUGUAGAAAUGGUCACUGGCAUAAGGAACUUUCCAAAGCUAAAGAGAAUUCUGGCUGCAUUAGUUUUUCUUCCUUGCCAGGUUCCUGAGGUCGUUUCCUGGUGUUCAUUCCCUUUUCCGAGUUUCAUCUUCUCUCAAGAGAGCUCAAAUCAGGGAAGAUGUCUUGAAGGUUCUGAGGACCACCGUCCUUCCAUUCAUUCACAUAGUCACAGACACUUAACGAGUGCAUUCUCUGGGCAACCACUGAACUCUCUGCUUAGGGAUGCAAAGAUGAAUGACUUGUCCUCUGCACUCAGAUCUAAACUGAGGCACACAGAGAGGAGGUUAAGUGAUAUAAAACCCCACAAAUAGCAUUUUCUUUUCACUACUCUGUUCCAAUUCAACUGAGAAAAACCAAUUGAAUUUUUAUGCUAACAAUUCAGAAAUUUGAAUAGGCCCCUGGACCAUGUCAGUUCGCCAGAGUGUUUAAUGCCCUUACACAGCUUUCUGUGUUGGAGAGUUGUAUAAACAAAUGGCCUAGCUUAUAACGUUAAGAUGGGCUACCUAAAUGCCAUUUCUUGACUUAAUAUAGGAGCUGGCAUUCAGCUUCUUGCCGUCUUGAUUCCUGUCAUCUCGAGUGCCUGUCAUCUCUGGUUCUUGGGUUCUGAGAAAGUGGCACUGGAGACUAAAAAGUAGAUUUCCUAAUAGAAAUGUUACUUUCCCCAAUGGUGAGCCCAUACAGGGUUGGUAGAAGGUCAAGUUUCUUUUAUUUUAGCUGGAAGUAUAUUGCCUCAGUUUGAAUACUAUACAUUUAAUAGAUGAAAAAUGAAAAUUAGCUUUUACUUGAUAUCAAGGAAAAAAUGAAUUUUACUUGGUAUCAGAAUACGGGAACCGUGGGGAUAAAAUAAUAAAAGGGUCCUUGGUGAAAAGAUCAGAGAGACGAUGUCAGAAUGUUGCAUUUUUCUAUUAAGAUUUUUAACAAUAACCUAUAAAGUUGGGCCUUGCCCCUUCCACUAGGAAGUGUCAGAGGAAGCCUAACUCACAGUCAGAACUUUUCCCCAUUUCAUAGCAGAACUGAGGCCAUUCAUGCACUUCCAUCUGCAUUGUCAGUGGAGAAUACAUGAAGAGUAUCAGGGUGCUCCCCUUCCUAGCCAGAAUUAUAUCAGCAUAGCCUACAGGGGAGCCUGAACUCCAACUUCUACCCAGCAGUGACAAGGAGCCCUCUCCUCUGUGUGUCAGCUGAGGCAGAGAGGAGAACCUGAACUUCCAUCUCCAUCCAGCUGUAAUGAGGCAGUGUCUUGUUCCCCAGCUGGAGCAGUACCCGAGGCCAGCUAAAACAGGUCUCAGAAGAGCCCUGCUAAAACACAAGGCAAUGAUAUCCAGAUUCUCAUAAUAUCCAAAAUGUUCAAUGAAAAAUCACUUUCAAUGAAAAAUCACUUAUCAUACCAAGAACCAGGAACAUCUUAACUUGACUAACAAAGGACAAUCAACCAACAGCAAUCCUGAGAUGACACAGAUGUUAGAAUUACCUGGUGAGGAUUUUAAAGCAGCCAUCAUAAAAAUGCUUCAACAAACAAUGAACACUUUAGAAAUAAAUGAAAAAGUCUCAGCAAGGAAGUAGAAAGUCUCAACAAACAGGUAGGAGAUAUAAGAAAAACCAAUUUAAAAUUUUAAAAUUAAAAAAUAUAACUGAAAUUAAAAAAAAACAAAAACCUCCAUGAAUGAGUUCAACAACAGAAUAAAGAGGAUAGAGGAAAAAAUCAGUGAACUUGAAAAUGGAACCAUGGAAAUUUACCAAUUGAACAAUGGAGAAAAUAGACUGAAAAAUAAUAAAAUUUCUCAGGAAAAUUUGAGAUUAUAACAUAUAAUAUUCAUAUCAUUAGAAUUCCAAAACAGGAGAAAGAAGGUGUGAGAUGAAGAAGUAUUGAAAGAAAUAGUUUCUAAAAUUUCCCCAAAUUUAUCAAGAGACAUAAACCUAUAGAUUCAAAAAGCUGAGUGAACUCCUAACAGGAUAAACCAAAAAAAAAAUCCACAUCAAAGCACUUCACAGUCAAACUUCUGACACCAAAAAAGAAAAAUUAUUGAUAGCAGUGAGAAAUGACAUCUCACCCACUGCCGGGGCAGAGGCUGAGGGACAGCACAGCGGUGGGUCUAUAUGGCAGCAGCUCUGUGGGGCCUGGCUGUCCAGCUCUCACACUCGGCCACCCCUGGCUCCUAUAGGGUCAUCUGCAAGGGGCUGACACGCAUACUGCUCACUUUCUUCGACCUGGCCUGGUGGUUGCGCAUCAACUUCCCUUGCGUCUACAUCAUAGCUUCCAUGAUGCUCAAAGUCCACCAGGUGCAUACUGAGAUCCAUUGAAGGCCGUCCUUGGACUGACAAAUGUGUCCUUAGGCUCAGGGUGUCAGAGAACAAUAGCAUGAGGGACGGAAAGAGGGACUCUCAGCAUCCGCCUCAUAGAAGAGAAGGGAGUGGAUGAUGAUUCAGACAAAGUAUUGUGUAGACUUAACAGAACACAGAAGGAGAGCCCUUGCCCCUCAGAUAUAACUUCCAGGAUGAAUAAGCCUGCAGUCGAUGUAAAUGGUAAUUCACAAAAUGAGGAGUUAUCAUUGGAAAUGAAAAAUGAUCUGAGUGAGGUCAGCCUCUUGCUUCAAAGCCCUUCCAUAUUUGCAAGAAUCAAUAAGAAGAAAUUCAGCUUCAGCAGCUGCUCAGAGAGAGACUGGAUCUGUUCUUUGCUCCUGCAGAAGAGUGUUUUGCGGGGGUGUCCUGUGGCAUUGGGGAAGCUCAGGUGAGGCACUGUCUGGGAGGAGGGUACAUGGCCACUGACAGCCACAGAGGACAGAGCCCCAAAGGAGAGCCUUGGGGAGUCAGGACUAUAGUGCCCUCAAAAAUGGUCAGGCGGGAUUUGUGAGGAUGAACCAUCAAGUGUUUUUCUGGAGAAGCUAGACUCUGAGUUGGAACUGUCUUGCCUACGUUCCAUCCUGUCUAUACUGUUGCAGCACAUCCCAAAUAUUCUUGAAGAGACAAAAUGUGUUUUCCCUGGCCAUUCAAAACUCAUGUUUUCAGAGCAAACAGUAGACUACAAGAAAAUGCUUUCACAUGAAAAAAGUACCUCAAAUGAUCUGCAGAUAACACUGGCAUUAUUGGCUCUACAAGCUUUUGAAUUGGCAAAUCUCUUAUGCCAUAGUUAAGGUACAAGCAGAACAAGAAAAAUAGUGAGACUAAUUUUAAAAGUCGUCCUAGAAUGAUUUCUUUUGCAUUGUCUGGAUGCAAACGGUGCAGCCAUGUAGCUCCUGCUUUGGUUUGUAUGACCAGAUAGACUUAAAGUAAGUGGAAUUCAAAUUCAUGGAAAGCUGGCUGAUAUGGAAGGAAAUUUUUGACUUUUAAAUUGUGCUUGAAAGACAUUCAGGAUUGGGAAACCAUUUCAAGGACAAUAUUGAUAUAUCCUAUAUAAAUAUCAGAUUAGAACCUAAAGAUUUAAUAUGAAGUUUUUAAUAUAUCUUCAACACCCAUUCUAAAGGGCUGUUGUCCCAGAUACUGUCUCUGACCAUCUACUGGAAGUAGAUAUUUGUAAAAUCAACCCCUCUGUACUUGCUCUGAGCCAGGCUGAGUUGAUGGUAAGCUGUUACUGUUCCUGCAUUUUGUAGAAUAAUUUUGGUCAACAAAAUUUGAUUUCUUUUCUCACAUGCCUUUCCUUCCACUUGAAAUGCAAUAAAUGGAGGCCCUACGGUGAAAGUUGCAAUAUUAACCUUACCUUUAGAUAAACCUUUCUCUAAUUAGGAACCCUAGCAGUGUUAUUUGAAAUAAAAAUGAGCUUGAGACUAUCUGCCGUUGCUCAGUUACAGAGAGGCAAAUUAAGUAUUUCCCUUAUAGAAGGUUUCCAGUUUCUAGGAGUUGAGGUCUCUCUUACACUAACAUUUUUCCGAGUUACCUCCUUUUGUUGUGUGUGGAUACCUUUGACAAAAGGCACUUAAGAGUGUAAGUUUUUAAGGAGUCCCAAAGUCAGACUUAACCAAUUUCGGAAUUAUUGAUUGCAUAUAUCAGUUUAUAUUGUGUACUAAAUUACUAUGUCGUGUGCUAUUUUAGUGUUUUGGGAAAAUGAAAAAUA